UUCCCAUCACCAACAAGCAGUGGAAUCGCAUGGACGCGAAUGUGGCCAGGAAAACGCGCGAAUCGCUUGGCACGCUCAUCAAGAAGCCUCCGCUGACGGAAAAGCUCCUCAGCCGACCGCCCUUUCGCUUCCUUCACGACAUACUGACUGAAGUGAUCAAACACACUGGCUAUCUCGGUGGUCUCUACACUCCGGAGGAGUUAAACUCCGAGAACGUCAAGGAUAAGGGAAGUAAAAUAGCGUUCCUACAGAAGGCCGUUGAUGUUGUGGCGUUCACUCUGGGACAACAGGUGAGCUGUCGACCGUCUAAAGUCGUUGCGGGACACGAGCCGGAGAGGACGAACGAGUUUCUGCAGUUGCUCGCCGCGGCAAUCAUCGACAAUAGAGACUGUGGUGAGGCGGUGAGACGGGUUUUGAACGGGGAGAAACCGACCAAUGAAGCUCUGUCUGCUGUAAAGAAAGGAGGAGGAGGAGGAGGAGAAGGAGCUACAGUGAAGCCUGAAGAUGCUAAGUCGAAGUCUCAUUCUCGUGAAAGAGAGAAAUCAGAUAAGAAGAGUAGUAAAGAUACAAGCAGAACUAAAGAUCGAACAAAACCGAGUGAAGAGACUAAUGAUGCUAGGAGAGAGAAGAGUAAGGAAAGAAGUCGUGACACAGACAAGCAAAACGAUAGAAGGAAAGAAGACAAAUCGAAGAGGAGACGUGGAGAGUUAAAGAUGAGUGAGGAUGAGGUGAUGCUUGCAGCAGGACCUGAUCGAAAUGGAGACGUUGAUAUGAAUGGACUUGGAGAUACAGAGAAUGAGGAGGUGCCAAAGAGGGUUCCACGUCCAACGUCUCCAAAAGGACCACGGAGAUCAAUAGAAGUUGAAAAUGGUGUGGAAGGUGAAGGUGUUGAAGGUGGUGUUAUUCAAGACACGAGAGAAACUUUGGUGCCACUUCCUGUUGUAGAACACACUGCUACAGGAGAGAGACCUACUCGGGCAGCAUCAGGGGUAAGAAGACCUAAGAAAGUUCCUGAAAACAAAGAAGAAUCUUCAUCUCAAUCUGCCUUACCAGCAACAGUCGAAGAACCAGAUAGUCCUCCAGUAGUCGUUAAACGUCAGCCACGUCCUAGCAGUGCACGUCCUGCUCCUCCUAGAGUGAAGAAUCUAGAGUCGAGGGAAGAUCCUGAUGUGCGCAUUGGAUCGGGCAGAGAGAAGGCGGUUGUUGCUCCUGUCAUUGUUGAGGAUGGCGCACGCGAUGAGGAGGACGAGUUUAUUGUUGAAGAGAUACAACAAGAGGAUGUCAUUGCUGCUAUGGCACCAAAAUCAAUUGAAGAUGAUGUAGCGCCCGGAGCUUUGGUGAAGACUUUAGAGGAAACACAGAAGAAACUGGAGGCAGCAUCAGAACAACACAAAGAGGAACAAACCAUCAUUUCGGACACACACCAACGGAAAGAAAGGGAACGAGUUGAGAAAGAGAUUGACAGGUUGUCAUCGAGCAUUCAAAGUCUCACAAGCAGUGCCCAUCCUCUCGGUCGAACAAUGAACUACAUUCAGGAAGAUAUUGAUUCGAUGCAGAAGGAGCUUGCCAACUGGCAGACGGAGAGCUCACAGCAUGGAGCGACUCUGAAGCGUGAACGAGAAAUAUCGGAGACGGAGGUGGAGCCAUUGAAGCGAGAACUGGAGGAGCUAGAGACACAGAUUCACGACCAGGUUGAAUUAACACGGCAAGUGAAGGCUCGCAUAAUACAAAACGACGAACGAAUACAAAAGAUGCUUACCGGCGUUUUAUUCAAGAGCUGAAAUACGUUGGACAAAACCUAGUCAAUCACUGUACAUUACUAAAUACACACGAAUAUCUGAGACUUGAAUGUACAGGAUCGUGGAAUGUUUUAUUACUUGCUGCUGGGAACAACACACUGUGUAUGUACUUUCUUCCAAUCAUAUUAGGGAUAAUAAUAGACAUAUUUUUCGAA